AUGGUCCAAGUUGAGGAGAUCACCUUAUCGCACGUGAAUGAGCAGCUCAUCCGAGGAGCAAAGUCUUGCGCCGUUAACACGACCAUUUCGCCACAAAUUCCAUUACUGGCCGCGUCUGACAAUCGCUGGGCAGAUACUGUGGAAGAGCUUCAAUUCAAAAUAGAAUCCAUCGUUGAUCGCCUCUCUCGUCGACGCAAGUUCGAAGGACAGGUCUACCUGGUCGGCGACGUCUUAGGCGGCUUAGUUUGCUACGAUAUGAUAAAUCACUUGUACGAUAAUGUGUCCAAGCAAGAAACAAAUAGUCUUCAAACGGCAGGCAAUCCUGUCUUUUCAAAGCGAUCUUCUAUGGAUCAUCCUUCGAUCAGCCGAUCGCAUUCUCUUCGUUCUGAGCGCUCCCAGACGUCACAGGCUUCACAUUCCUCGACUGGUUCAUUCGAAUACGGAAUCGACUUUGCAGGAUUGUUGCUAUUCAACUGCCCCCUUGCAUACAUGAUUCUUCAGCGAAAGUACUCCGGAAUGAAAGUACCUCCGAUCCACGUUCCGAUUUUCAACCUAUUCUACCCUAUCGACCAAAACGCUGCCCGACUUGAGCCGAUUUUCAUGCAAGAUGAGUGCCCUAACGAGCCGAUUCUCCUCUGCAGAAGAGAUUUAUCGAAACCACUGUUCAAUACAAGCAUUCAUACAAGCCGGAGUGGGUUUGAUUCCUUGGCGAGCACGCCAACGGCCAGACGCCGGAGGCUAGUGACCGGCAGUUUGCGGUCGUUUUUCACGCGAAGCACGGGAGCAAAAAAGUCAUCCUUUGACUCUACGGCCUCGAGUCCCGGAGUUUCGAGGCAGGAGACGAGAAACAGUGAGAAUUCACAACAAAACACCUCUUCUGCGGAAAAUGCAGUCUUUCAUUCUAAUGACAAGCGACGAUGUCACUCGUCUACUGGAACCGUCCUUUCCGCAUCGGACUUUGCUUCUAUUGAUACCGGCUGCCCGCGGAUUGAUUACAUGCUCUCCUGUCCGGACGGGUUAGCGACGAUGUCAUCUAAAUGUCUCCCACAAUAUCUUUACGCUGCGUUUUGGGAAUCAGCUGACGCCGCUUCGCUCCUGCUCAAGCAAGCUAUUUACGUCGAGUCCACGCAUGCAGGUCAUGCGAACGAUGAGGAUACCCUUAAUCCACACAAGACUUCCACAAGGUGGCAGAGAAGACGUACCACACUCAAAGUUAGAAAUCUCGAGCCAAAUCACAGAGCACAGGACUGUAUUACCACUGAAGGAAGCUCUCCUGUGAUUUCAGGCAGAUUCUCUUACGGUUUCUUUGACGUAGCAAUGCUGACGGGAGAAAAGGUCGAGCUUCAAAUUCGCUCUGACAUCUCCGAAUCUGGGUGGGAGACGAUAGACUCGCAGGAUACCGACUCCAAUGGCCGCGUUUCUUUCACCCUUCCUCCUGGUCGAUUCAAAUCUGUUGCAUUGUAUCAUUUCCGAUUAAACGUAACUGGUGAUAAUUCUUCAUGCUUUUGCUCUCUCGCUAUCGUCCCCCGUCAAUCCAAAUGCGUCGUUUUCUCCAUUGACAGUUCUUUUGCUGGAUCAGUAUCGAUUCUGGGAACGGAUCCGAAAGUACGGCCAGCUUCGGUGGAUGUAGCGCGUUUUUGGAACGACAACGACUAUCUAAUUUUGUAUAUUUCCUCCCGACCCGACAUGAUGAAAAAUAGAGUCGUUUCUUGGCUCAAACAACACAAUUUUCCAAAUGGCUUCACAUUUUUCCAAAAGGGGAUCCACCAUGAUCCUUAUGCGAAAAAGUGCGAAAUGCUCAAGAAAAUCAUCUCUUCCAGCGAACUUGACGUGGCUGCUGCUUAUGGGGGGCCAAAAGACUUGCAAAUAUAUCGCUCAAUAAAUAUCCCAACGAGGUCGAUUUUUGUCGUUGGGAGCAAGGGCAAGAAUAAAAUUCAAAAUAUGGGAACCGUCCUUUCCGAAGGAUACAAUGUCCACCUGGACUGGCUUCGAAAUUCGCCAUUCCAAAAUUUGCCGCAGUCCGCUAAUUCCGCCUCCCGACUGAUUCUGAAACGCCAGACAACCUGCUUACAUUGA